CUCAGCACGCCAAUAGUCACCCGCUCCGACAUCGGCUCCUCCACAGGGAGUUCACGCGGACUACCGGCUGCAUCCAGCCAGUCCACGUCCCGGUGUGGGUCGGUGCUCUAGGAAUCUCUCUGCAGGAGGAUUAAAAACACCUGAGACGGAUCUCCUCGCGAUCUGUUGACUUGAGGGGGAAAGCUGCAGGAUGCUGUGGCUGCUGUUCUGUCUGCUUUCCUGCGGUGGGCGUAGCAGAGUCGUCGCCCAGGACAUCGAUCAGAAAGACAAACACAGCCACGAGGAGGUUGCUGUGACGACGAGGCCUCACAUCUAUUUCUGCCGCUCGCCCAACAUGGAGGACUUCAGCUGCUGGUGGCAUCCGCUGGACAACCUGACUAACGGAGAGACGGUCACCUACGUCCUCACCUACUCCAAAGAUAAGGGGCCCAAAUACGAGUGUCCGGACUACGUGACCGCCGGCCCCAACAGCUGCCACUUCGACAGCAGCCAUACAUCCAUCUGGAAGAUCUACUGUCUGAACGUGACCGCCGUCACGGCCCACGGGAACUACACCUCCCAGGAGCACUGCCUGGACGUGGCAGAGAUAGUUCAGACCGAGGCCCCGGUGAAUCUGACCUACACGCUGACGGACGCCGGCGGCGAUGAAAUGGGCCACAACGCCCUGCUGUCCUGGGCGUACCCGGUGCCCUCGGACCUGCAGUACGGCUGGAUCACGCUAGUGUACGAGCUGCAGUACAGACGCGUGACCGAGCCCGACAAUUGGAAGGUGAAGCACCCUCUGCGGGAGCCUCACGUCAAGCUGCUCGGCCUCCCCGUCGGUGACUACGUGGUCCGAGUUCGCUGCCGUUCUCACAACUACGGCCUGUGGAGCAGAUGGAGCUCCACGCUGCUGAUGAGCAUCCCCGCCAGGCCACCCGCAGGUAAACUCCUGGUGUUGAUUCUGGUGUCAGGAGUUGGUGUCGUGGCCCUGCUGGUCAUCGCUUUAGGAAUCAUUCCUCAGAGCAGAAGAAUAAAAGACUACUUCCUGCCGCCCAUUCCAAAGCCGCGGAUCAUCGGCAUCGACCCGCUGCUCCUCAAGAAGGGGAACUUGGACGAAAUCAACCAUCACUUCAGUAACUUCCACAGCUACAGACCUCCGAGCUACACGGAAGAGGUUUGGGACCCGGUCAGCGCCAACGACGUCUACCUCACCACGCCGAAGGACUGCAGCGUCCCAGCCGACUCCACGGAUGGCCAGAGGGACGCCUUGAUGGUCUCGUGCGACCUGACGCCUGUGGGCGCCAGAAACCAUCUUACAACCCAACACCCGACGUCGUAUGUGCAGUCACCGUACUGCUCCCCGCCCGCCGACGCCUUCGCCCCGGUGUUGAACGUGCUGUCCUCUUGGCCACGGCCUGAGAUCGUGUCUCUGCCAGGGACAGAGUACAGUGUGAUGGGACAUCUGGGCCGUCCAGACGCCGUCCCUGUUUCCCAUUUCCACCAGCCGGUCUCCGCAAGACUUCUACACCUGCGUCCAGCUCAUGAACGAAAGCGGCGAGGUGCACCUGGUGCCGUGUCUGCCACCGCCGCCGUACUGCCAUGAUUUCCCGCCUCCCCCGAAGGUCGACUUGGAGGAGAAGAAGAAGAAGAAGCCCGCCGACUGCCAGGCAAGGAAAAACGUGAUGAAAGAAGUCAGCGAGGCAGAGCGGAGCGAGGCGGCAGUCCCUUUGCUGCCUGUCGCCGUCGACAACAAAGGCUGAGCUGAAAAAAGCGACUCCUGCUGCACUUCAGAGAAGAAUACGUUGACUUUCAAACAGGAAGUACACCUGCAGGACAUCGGCCGCCAAAGAGCCUUUUUUUUUAGCUCGCAAACGUCCCAGCGCCACUUCGAAAACAAGUCAACAAACUGUUUUUGACGACCGAAAAAACUGCAAUGCAAACUCCACCAAACACCGUUUGUGGCGUUGCGUUUGUUUGUAAUGUUCCUUUGGACCUCAACUCGUCUCUCUUUUUGGUAACUCUGCUCACCGAAGCUGCCGACGACGAAGCCAGAGCCAAUUUCAGCUGAACAAAUUCAAAAUCGAGAGCAAAAAACAAAGCGGAAUCACCACAAACCGUAUUAAUGGGUAAUGAAGUCUUUUAGGGCC